ACUCUAUGGUGCUUUGAUUGUAAAUAAAGAAAAUUCGAUAACCUGAAAGAAAAUCUUGAAUCUUGGUUAUUUUUCAAUUAAUUUAGUUAAAAAACGUGUAAUAUAAUAUAAAUUAAUUCUAUUAUAGCCGUGAAAACCAAGAGACGCUUUUAAAGGGAAACGCUGACAUUGUAUCAUAAUUUAUAAUGUCGAUAGAAAUUGAGUCAGCAGAUGUUAUCAGAUUGAUUCAGCAGUACCUGAAAGAGUCCAAUCUUACAAAGACAUUACAGACUCUACAAGAGGAAACUGGUGUGACAUUGAAUACAGUGGACAGUGUGGACGGGUUCUGUGCGGAAAUUAACAAUGGCCACUGGGACACAGUGCUGAAGGCGACGGCGUCGCUGAAGCUGCCCGAUAAGAAGUUGAUGGAUCUGUACGAGCAGGUGGUGCUGGAGCUGAUUGAGCUGCGCGAGCUCGGCGCCGCGCGCUCGCUGCUGCGACAGACGCAUCCCUGCCUGCUCAUGAAGCAGCAGGAGCCUGAUCGAUAUAUCCAUUUGGAGAACCUGGUGGCGCGGUCGUACUUCGACCCGCGCGAGGCCUACGGCAGCGGCGGCGGCAAGGAGCGGCGCCGGGCUGCAGUCGCCGCCUCACUGGCCGGCGAGCUCUCCGUCGUGCCCAGCUCCCGCCUGCUGGCGCUGCUGGGGCAGGCGCUCAAGUGGCAGCAGCACCAGGGGCUGCUGCCGCCAGGCACCACGAUCGAUCUGUUCCGCGGUAAGGCUGCCAUCAGAGACGAGGAGGACGACCAGUGCCCCACGCAGCUCUCCAAGAUGAUCAAGUUCGGACAGAAGUCGCACGUCGAGUGCGCCAGGUUCUCGCCGGACGGGCAGUACCUGGUGACCGGGUCGGUGGACGGCCUGCUGGAGGUGUGGAACUUCACCACGGGCAAGAUCCGCAAGGACCUGCGCUACCAGGCCCACGACGACUACAUGAGCAUGGACGAGGCCGUGCUCUGCCUCGCCUUCGCGCGCGACUCCGACACGCUCGCGGCCGGCGCCAACGACGGCAAGAUCAAGGUGUGGAAGGUAUCCACGGGUCAGACGCAGCGCAAGCUGGACCGCGCGCACUCGAAGGGAGUCACCUGCGUACAGUUCACAAGGGACAGCUCACAGCUGCUGUCCGCCUCCUUCGACCGCACCAUCAGGAUCCACGGACUGAAGUCUGGCAAGAUCCUAAAAGAGUUCCGCGGGCACGCGUCCUUCGUGAACGAGGCCGUGUUCACGCCCGACGGACACGGCGUGCUGUCCGGCUCCUCCGACGGCACCGUCAAGGUGUGGUCGGUCCGCACGGGCGAGUGUAUAGCGACGCACGCGCCGCUCGGAGGGGGGGAGCCCCCCGUCAACACGCUGCUGCUGACCCCCAACAACCCCGACCACUACGUGGUGUGCAACCGCACCAACACGGUGGUGGUGAUGAACAUGCAGGGUCAGAUCGUGCGCUCGUUCUCGAGCGGUCGCCGCGAGCAGGAGGGCGGCGCGCUCGUGGCCGCGGCCCUCAGCGCGCGCGGGCACCUGCUGUACGCGGCCGCCGAGGACCUCGUGCUCUACGCCUUCAGCACCAGCACCGGCAAGCUGGAGCGGACCAUCACCAUCCACGAGAAAGCGGUGAUAGGGCUGACCCACCACCCGCACCAGAACCUGCUGGCCACGUACAGUGAGGACGGGCUGCUGAAGCUGUGGCGCCCCUGAGCCGCGCUUCGUUGUCGCCGCCCCACCGGACGAUGUUCAUUACAUGUUGCGAAGUGUUCGCCGCGAAUGUGUGAUACGUUCCCUAGUUAUAGUUAUAUAAGGAUCGCUGUGUAUAUCACCUGCUCGAUCGGAGACGUUCCGAUUUUGGCAAUUCUGUUGUAUUGUUGUAUUAAAACAUGACGAUAUUUUAAGAUAUGCGUGUUAUUUUAUUUUCAAAAGACAAAUAUGCAAAGACUGGAGGCCUACUCUAAUUCAACGAAAAACGAAAUUUC